AUGUUCCAGUCGGUUGGAGUCGGUGGUGCGGGGGGGUGUUUUGACUUGAGUGCUUCGAGCACUUCAGUGCUCGAUUUAAAGCCCGUCCACCUCCUCGUCCCUCUGUGCUUCGCCGCCCUGCGACUCUGCCUCCUCGUAAUGCCUGUGGCGGUUGGUGGUGGUUCCCCGGUGCCGUAUUCGCCGCGGCCCUUUGGCGUGGCGUCUGCUGCGCUUGCCUCAACUGUGGUGUCGGCGCCUGUGGCCCCUGUUGCGGCGAUGUCUGCCGCGGGUUCUCCUGCUCACGCGUGCUCCAUGGUAGUCGACUCUGGACGAGAGUCGGCGGGUGUGGACGCCCCCCCGCGCGUGGUGGCGCCGGCGCCUGUACCUGCCUUCGUUCUGGCGCAUGUGGCUGACGUGGCGCCUCUUCCUGCUCCUGGCGCGGCGCCCUCACCUGCGCCUCUCCUUCCGGCGUUGCCGUCGCCUGCUGCGGCGGCCGCUGAUGCUGCUGUUGCGGCGCCUGCGUCUGGUGUGACACCACCUCCUGCUCCGGUUCUGCCGCCACCUCCAGUGGCUCCUGUGGCGCUACCCGUGGCGGCUCCUGCCGCGUCCCUUGGUGCGCCGGGCGGGGGGUCUGCCCUUCCGCUCCCGUGGCUCCCUCGUCUGCACCUGUCCUUCCACCGGCUGUGCAGCAGCGGAACUCCCGUCCUCAUCCGCCCUCUGUCAAACAUUAUAUAUGUUGUGUUAGUUUAG